GCAUACGAUUUCGCAAAAAAUACCACUCUCAAUGGCUUAAAAUACAUAUCAGAGAGAGGAACAUCCUUCCUAGAAAGAUUAUUUUGGAUCUCCACAUUUAUCCUCAGCACGGUUUUGUGUAUAAUGAUGGUUUAUAAAUCGUACAAAAAGUUUGACACCAGUGCUGUAGCGGUCACGUUGAAAGAACACACUGUGUCUGUAAAUGAGUACCCAUUUCCUGCGAUCACGAUUUGUUCACAAGCAAGAAUUAGACAAGACAAAUAUAACUAUACUCAGAAUGGAUUAAUAAUAAUGUUAAAACAAAACAAUACAGAAGGUUGGACUGCUGAGGAUUACCAAAAGUUUCAUUCGGCGUUGGUUUUAUGUGCAAGUGAAGAUGAAAUUACAUAUAAUUAUACUUUUCUUCAAUAUGCUAUUGACAUGGAUAUAUUUUUCGAGGUUGCUCCAAAACAUGCAGAUAUAUUUCAUCAGUGCCAGUGGCGGAAUAAAGUGGACUGUUUAAAUGAAUUUCGUCCAACUUUAACCGCGGAUGGCGUGUGCCACACUUUUAAUAACUUGGCCACAGACGACAUAUUUCGAAAAAGCAGCCUUGACUUUAAGCAAAGACAAUACUACCUGAACACAUCUACUCCUGCAAAAGGCUGGUCUCACGAGGAGAAUUACUACAGUUCUGAAAAUGACACAUACCCGAGACGUGGCCGGGCAAAUGGGGCAAGAGAAGAUCUCUACAUACUACUAAAAGAAGUAAGAGAUCGAGACUUUGGAUGCGAUGGACAAACUCGACCCGGUUAUAAGGUUUACCUACAUCACCCUGCUGAACUGCCUCAAGCAUCGCUCCACAGUUACGCGGCACAGCCAGGGAAGACCACUUCGUUCGCUAUCAAACUCGACAUCUUGGAUACGGCACAGGAACUCGCGGGCUAUGCACCAGACGUCCGUCAAUGUUAUUUUACAUCGGAAAGAUAUUUGCAGUUUUUCCAAAAAUAUACUUCUUCAAACUGUCAGCUAGAGUGUCUCGCUAACUACACCAUUCAGAAUUGCGGGUGUGUCAACUUCUACAUGCCACGUAACGAAAGCACGGCAAUAUGCAAAGGAGAUAAAUUGCAAUGCAUAGAAGAUGCUCUUGAUCAAUAUGCUGAUGAAGAAGAUUUAAACGAUAGUGAAAGUGGCCGCUGCGGAUGCCUCCCUGAAUGCCAUGAAGUGAAUUACGAUGCCGACGUUGUUGUAUCAAAACUGGACUUGCACGAAUUUAAGCAAAGAUACAAACAACUACAAAUUAAUAAAAAGAGCAUUAAAUAUGAUAACGGGAUUCCACAGGAGGGUUAUGAGACUAAUAACAGUAGCAACAACUUCGAGAAUGACACUGAGAUUGAUGUUUAUGCUUCAGAUGAAUUGUAA